UACGGCGCGAUGCUGCUGUUGGCCGUUGUCUCUCUGAUGGCUGGACAGGCCGUGGGUGGACCAAUGGGUUCACCUUCUUCUGUGUACUACACCACUCCGGCGUCUUACUACACCACGACCUAUGCUGCGCCCAGUUACUACACCACCAAGGCUCCCAAGUACUAUACCACAACAUAUGCUGCUCCUAACUACUACACCACUAAGGCUCCCGAUUACUACACCACCAAGGCUCCCAAGUACUAUACCACAACAUAUGCUGCUCCUAACUACUACACCACUAAGGCUCCCGAGUACUACACCACGACGUAUGCAGCACCCACUUAUUACACUACAAAGGCGCCCGAGUACUACACCAAAAAGGUGCCCGAGUACUACGCGACCACAUAUGCAGCUCCGAGUUACACUACGGAGGCUCCGAGAUACUACUCUGCACCGAGCUAUAGCACAGAGGCGCCAGUGUAUUACACAACAACCUACGCCACUCCAAGCUACUACACCGAAGCUCCCGCCUACGAUACCACAAAGGCCCCUGAGUAUUACACCACAAGGUACGCUUCUCCGUCUUAUUACACUGAGGCCAAGAAAUAUUACUCUGCUCCGAGCUACACAACAACUGCGUCGUACUACACCACGACAGAGGCGCCCAAGUACUACGUGGCUCCAACAUACUACACUGCAGCUGCCCCGUCUUACUACGCUGAGUCGACAUACUACUCUGAAGCCUCGAAGUCUUAUGCUGCCCCAAGUUACUCCACAACGGCUGUUUUAAUAUUUGCUGUCCUCGUUCCAAAAUGA